AUGGCUUCACUUCUCCCACCUGUCAUGUCCGUUGUCCCGUCCCAGGUUACGUCCACGGAGCUGCCAUCCAUGACGUCCGUCCCUUCCGAACUCUCCGCCCUCCCGGAGCUCGCUCUCUCAACCGUCGGCGACCGCGUGCGCGCGAGCGAGGAGUUGAACCCCAGUUUGCUGCUUCUAGGAGAACUCACCGAAGCAUCGCCUGCAAGCUCCGACAGCAUCACUGAGACAACGGAGCGCAACCCAGUGCUGCUGAGGCGGGUCCCGGGUCACCGCCACCGCCGCCUCGGACCAUCGUCUUCGCGCGACGGGAAGCUUGCAGCGGGGCACGGGGAGGUCUCCUUGGUCGACUCGGAGGACCCCAUCAUCGGACUCCAGCCUGCUGCAGCGGGGAGCGCGUCUGCUCUCUCUGGCUCACCCGCAGUCGUAUCUCACGGCAAUACCGACAGUACUACGCCGUUCCCGCAGUCUGACGGGACGGAGGCGGCCUCGGGGCGUGCGGCGUUCGGCGGGUCGGAUUUGGAGGUUCCGGGGCAGUCUGACUCCUGGCUUGUAUUCGAAAGUCGUCGUGAUUAG